CUCUCACCGCCGCCACUCUUCUUCUUCUUCUUUCCCGUCUCCGACUUCCUUGUCCUUUCCCCAACAGCAUCGCAUCGCAUCGCACGCGCUCCGGAUCGGCGACCCCCGAAGAGCAGACGACGAGCAGAGCAAGCAUCCUGCUGCCUGCCGGCCGAUCUGACGAUAUGGUUUGCGUCGCGUGCCUGCUGCCCCUCUUCUUGAUCCCGGUAGUCAACGCCCUCCCCUACCUCUUCGACCUCAUCCUCAGCAAGGUAUAUCGGCUGUUUGGAUGGGAAUACAGGAGACCUGAAAGAGCCCCACCUGCCUGUCCUUACAAACCUGAAGCUAAGAAGAACGAUGAAGACGCGAGUGAAUCGAAACCUCUAGGUCAACCCCACGUUGCUGCUGCAGCUACAGAUGAUAAAAAGGAGGAAUAACACGUGUAAUUCACUCUGGUUAUCAUGUUAAAUGAUGCUGUCUUAAAUCAGAGCAUCCCUCUAUCUGUCAACAUUUCAUAACUAAGAAAUAAUUGUUGUGAUGAAUAUAUUAUAUUUGGGUUGAUGAAUGUACUUGUAAUUCUGCUCUGGACCCUUCA